AUGAACAGAGAACCUUUGAUAUUUAAUGGGCCAUUGUGCGCACCUCUUGCUUACGAUCCAUCAUUCAAAGGUUUGUGAGGUUUUUCAUCCAUCACCUUGCUCAUUGUUUACGCUGUAUAAUUCACAUGUUUUGGUUUCGAAUUUUAGUGGAAGUUCGACUCCACGAGCCACUUUGGAAAGUCCAGUUUUCUCCAGACGAUGUAGCCAUCGAGAUUUUGACUUUGUGUUCCCAGCUAGAGCCACUUUGCAAGAAGGAAUAUGCUGUAAGAAUAAAAGUUUGUUUAUAUUACUUUUAAUUAUUAAGCUUGUAGCUAUGCUUAAACGGUGCUAUUCACUCAAGCUCACUGGUAUACCACCGUUUUAUUUUAAUUGAAAGAAAUCAUGCAGAAGACUAAUAUAGGUGUUUAAAAUAACCUCAAAGCGUGAAAAAGGUGUCUUUUCCAGAUUCUUUCAAUAAAUUCUUCUAAAUGAGAGUGCUCUGGCUAAUUUUUAUUUACUUUUAAAUUUAGACAACAUUAGGGAAGAUUGAUGCAGCCCACAAAGUGGAAUACCAAAACAAAUUUGAACCAAAAGGUUUGUUUGAUAGUUAGCUGUGACAUUUCUACCAAUGUGCUGGAAAAUUCUCCUUAUAGAAUUAUGCAGCGGUUAAUACAGUGGAACAUUUAUAUAACAAACGAAGUCCUCGGUGUAACAAACAAUUUUCUUUACCCUAGUAAUAGUAAAAUAUAUGGAAAAGUACCUCAAUAUAAUGCAACCUCAUAAUAGCGAACAAAUUUUGCCAGUCCCUUGGCACUUGUUAUAUCGAGGUUCCACUGCAUCUUCCCGUAGGCAGGACUGGGGAAAGGGGAGGGUGUAACUGGUUGUUUUGAUACAAACUCAAGCAGUGAAAUUGCACAAAAAAAAUUGAUCUCUUCAAGUAUUGCUUGCAUGUGAACAAGAAAACAUUUUGGGUGAAUAUUCUUUAUUCCAAGUACAUGAAACAAUAUUUAUGAGUUGACUGAAACACCCGUUCAAUUUAAUUGGGACUCGUUCAAUAUAAUUGGGACUAAUUGCUGUUAGCUGUUAUUGCCUGUUAUCGGCCAUUAGAGCCAAUCAUAUUGAAUAUAAUAAUAUUUAAUAUAUUGAAUUAUAUUGAACGAGUCCCAAUUAAAUUGAACGGGUGUUCUGAAUAAACUUGUAUCGAAACGACUUGUAUCAAAACACAUUUGUAUCAAAACGUCUGGUAAUCGGGGAGGGUAGUAUAUAUGGAUACACAGGGGUAGAGUACUUAGCAUUUGACAGAAUAACCUGUGGAGAAUGCCAUUCCCUGUGGUAUGGGAAUAAGCCAUUUACCAGCUCACCUCAGAAAUACCAUUUCUGUUAUGUUUCAAUUCUAUAUAUUGCUGCAAACAUGUGUAUUACAAGCCUACUUCCCCUCACCCCUCCCCCCCCCUAAAAAAUAGUAAGUGACAUUUUGUUUGGUUCAGAGCAGCCAGAAUGAAGGGACUAAUUUGAAAGAUACUCCUUGUUGUUUGGAUGGAAUUCUGAAAAAUAGCCUUUUAUUCACCUUCUGUCUAAAAUAUUUUGGAUUUUUGGCCUACUGAUAAGCAACCAAGUGGUUUGCCAGCUCCUGGAUUUUAUCGACAAAGGAUAUAAUUAUACCCACCCUAGGGACAUCAGUUAUUUUGACACUGUCAUUCAUGAUGGAAUUAGGCUACCAUUUAGGGAAAGUUCAUUUAAUAUGACAAGAGGGGGGGAUGAAGAUAUUGAAACUCGAAGCUUGAAAUUUUAGCAGCCCCCCUUGCUAGCGGUUCAAUUUUUUAGGAGCCCCCUCCUUGGUAGUCGAAAAAAUUUCAGAGCCCCCCCCCCUCCUCCUUCAAUUCCUUUACUCCCCUGAAAAAAGAUCGCUAGACUGUAUUAAAUAUAUUUACCGUUAUUGUCUUCAAUGGUUUAUACUAUGACAAACUUGAGAUACAGUUGUGAUACAAUUUUCUAAAGCAUUUUUGGGAUGAACAAGAGUAUAAUAAUUACUGAGACUACAUUUGUUAUAUCUGUAAACCACGUGAUAUAGCUGAGUUGCACAGGUCAUUAAAUUGUUGAGUUGAAAACCAUCCGAUCUGUAUGAUGAUGUCAUGUGUUGGUUUUGAAGUACACAAAUUUUCGGAGCCCCCCCUCCUAGCACAACAAUUUUUUCAGAGCCCCCCCUUCGGGUGUCUAAAAAUUUUCGGAGCCCCCCCUCAAUAUCUUCAUCCCCCCCCUUGUCAUAUUAAAUGAACUUUCCCUUAACUUUAGAACAUUGACAAGGCAGGUGUGAUCCAAUACAGAAUGAGAUGGGAAGAAGAAGUUUGUAUACUUAACUUACCAGGGGCCCAUUUCUUGAAAGCCCUGAUAAUUAACAAGCUGGGAAAGCUGUUGUUGUUUAUAUUAAAAAUUUUGCAGAUAAUAUGAUAAAACUAUCAUUUUAACAAAAAUGGACCGGUUUCUUAGAUGCAACCUGCACUUUUGUUCUUUAGAUUUUGAUCUGGACAUAUGUGUCUUACUAUAGAGUCUCAAAGUUUUUGUGUAACAUGAACAGAAAGUUCGGGAAGUUUGAUCAUUAACACUGUUUUCUUUUUCCUAACAGCUCAAGUAGUCUUUGAGAAAAUGAGGGAAAUGUUACAUUUUCUUCCUGACCCAAGACCAUCACUUACAGUAAGUAGAUUUUUUUAAGUAGUAGAGCAAUUAAAUUUGUAUAUGCAGUUAAAUUACACUGAUUAUCAUUAAAAGUAGCAAGUGUAUCUUAGCGAAGUCUAGCCCGAGAAUUCCCGUGAAAAUCCCAUGAGAUUAGCCGGUUUUUCUGCAAAUUUGUGCCUGAAAAACCCUGCAAAAUUUAACUUUUUUCUCUCAACCUAUCAGAAGCUUUGCCUUAGUGCUGAGAAACAACAAUGAGUGGUUUAUGAUUUCCCUUAUUUAUUUUAUUUUUUGCAAGUAGCUGUCACUUAGCUGGACAGCAGUUUUUGCUGGUUUCUGGUGUUUCUGGACAACUGAAAUACAAUUUAUUUUAACUGAUAUAUUUUUACUUAACUUCAUUUAAAUAUAUGCUUCCAUGAAUCAUUUUUAUUUUUGACAGGAGUACCUUCGUCAGACUGGACUUUCCUUACUCUUUCCAAGGGUAACAUCCUACUUAACAAAUCCAGAAAGGCCGGCUUUCCAGAGCCAUAAAUCUUCUAUGGAUGGUACUGGAAUUACUUUUCUUACUAAAGUUUGUUUUGCAAUAACAGUACACUGACUUAACCACCUUGCACAGCAUAAUAAAUAGUACCAUAGAAAAGUACUACUUAGUAGCUUUCAUUUGAAUCUGUUUACUUAAGGAUUUUUUAUGAUUUUUGUUGCAAUGACAAUAUGUACAGUUAGUUAGAACCACCUUGUACAGCAUAAUAAACAGUACCACAGGAAACUACUGCUCAGUAGCUUUCACUUGAAUGGUCACACUUCAGGAUUUCAUCCUCAGACUCAAAAGUUAGAAUCACCUUGUACAGCAUAAUAAACAGUACCGCAGGAAAGUACUGCUCAGUAGCUUUCAUUUGAAUGGUCAUACUUUAGGAUUUCAUCCUCAGACUCAAAAGUUAGAAUCACCUUGUACAGCAUAAUAAACAGCACCACAGGAAAGUACUGCUCAGUAGCUUCCAUUUGAAUGGUCACACUUUAGGUUAGGAACAAGCAAAAUAUUUGUUAUAUCGAGGUAUAGUUAAUGAAAAAUUUCCAAGAAAGCCUAGCAUUUCUGGAUCUGAACAAUUUCUGUAAUAAACAUUUGUAUACGAAGCUAUUAUCCCAGUUCAGAGCUGUACAUAGCUAUGGCACUAGAAACGCAAGAAAGGCUAACAAAACUGCUUAAAAAACUACCGUACACAUAAAUUUUAUCCCCGUUGGUCUGUUUUGCAUUCAUCUUUAGCUAUCGUUCAGUCACAUGUUAAUAUUUAUUCAUUGUAUCAAAGGUAUAUUUUACGUUUGCAUUUCUAGAUUGUGUUCUUGAUAAUGAGGAUUUCAUUACUGCUCAUUUCACAAACAUGCAAAUUUUGAAGUUUAAAGCCAACUGACGAUUGCGUUUUUCGUUGCCGUCAAUCAUGUUAACGGACCUCUAAGGUAUCAAAACUUUACUGUAACGGGUUCAAAAGGUCAUGGUUUGUCAUUUGUGAUUGGUGGAUUUCGAUCGGUUUUGUGUGUUUCUGUGUUUCAAAGUUCAUUGCUUGUGAUCGUAAUUAUGAUUGAUGGCAACAAAAAAUGCAAUUCUGAAGGCGGCUUAUGAACUUUAGACUUCACAUGUCUGUGAAAAGCGCAGUAAAUCAAGGUUCUGUUCAAUACAUUUUAUUGUAAUUUUGGCCGGGCUGAAGAAAAUCAUUUGUUAUACGGAGGACUUUGUUAUAUAGAUCAAGAUUCAUUAAAUUGAGGUUCCACUGUACUUUGAAAGUGACUCCUUGAUACCUUUAUAAAAAAUAGAAGAAAAAUAGAACCGAAAGAAAUUCCUAACUGUUUGACACGUCAUGAUCAUCUAUUUGUUGUAUUUGCUCGGGAACUUGAAAUAGCAUAAAAUUCCGAAAAUAAGCCCUGGGGCUUAUAUUUUUCAAAGGCCCUUUUUGAGGGGCUUAUUUUUGGAGGGACCUAUAUUCAGAGGGGCUUAUGUACAGAGGGAAAUUUGCGUUUCAAAAUCGAUUGGGCUAGCUUGUAGUGGGAAGGAAAUUUACCAUUUUUGCUUUGUUUUACUUUGUAUUCGAGGGCAAAUUCCAAGUACAAGCCCCCCGGGGGGCUUAUAUUCGGAGGGGCAAUUUAACAGAGGGUUUUUUGCGUUAUGAUUUUGGGGGGCUUAUAUUUGGAGGGGCUUAUACACGGAGGGGCUUAUUUGUGGAAUUUUACGGCAUCUUAGAGAUAGCCCUGAUUGUGUGUCAAUUGAGGUACAACUUUUGUGUUGUGGUAUCUCAUGUUAUAGGUUAUUUCCAGCACCUUGGGAUGUUGAAUCAGCUUAUUACUCUGAGUCACCAGCUGAACAGUGAUGCAUUCAAUCUUACAAAUCACAAAUACAUGGCUCAUCAAACAGCACUGCUUUAUGUGAGUGUCUAUGGUGUUUAAUUGUAAAGCUUUUUUAGUGUAACUUGUGCCAUUUGAAUUAAGUAAAGUGCAAAUUUAGGACUCAAGGUAACGCUAAAGGUCUUUACUUUAUGUUGGUAACUGGUAACAGUACUCCAACUGACAAACCUGAGGCAAAUGGUGUGCUCAGUUUACAGGGGCACCGAACAACUGUUUUCUGUAAGAAUCUGUUUGGAGGUGCAAAAAUCACCAAGAAUUUUCACAGCUUAAGGGAGGCUAAAAAUUUUUAGAUGAAUGUCCCAUUCAUGAACAAUUUUUGGAGUAUAUCUGAUAAAUUCCCUACUAUUGUCUAAAGUUUUUAGCAUUUCACUCCCAGGUCAAGCUAUUUUUUGUACGAAAAGGAAACCUAAAAUUGUCGGACUCAAAAAUGCGAUCAAAAAAGGAAUCAGAAAAAUUCUUUCUUUCCUAAACUUUAAACUGCAUCUAAAAUUUUCAGGAAAAUAAUACUGCAGCCCUUGUGAUUUUGAAAAGACUUAUUGCCCUAGGAUGACCAAACAGAUACAAAUUUUAUAGUGCUGCUUAGAAUGCAUUUCUAGAGAUGUAAAAGUACUCUAGAUAGCCUAAAAAGUUUUUUCAAUGCAUUUAAGAGGAAACCAUUGUCGGGUGCCCCUGAUGUUACUCCCUCUAUCAGUGCUCCAUUUUACAGGUAUUUAAAGCUACUUAAUGCUAUAACACAGAAAGGAAAAAAGUUGAGAAAAAGGAUUUCCACACCUGGGGAUUGAACUCAAAACCUCCCGCACAGAAAUCCUUGCUCCAAUAAAAACAGAACAAACAUUUUAUGUGGUCAUGCCGAGAUCAACCUGUUUUCGUAGCGAAGCAAGUUGAUUCAUCCUUACAGGAUCACCUGUAACAUUUGAAAUUUCAACCUCAUUACACCAUUUGGAGCUUUUUUUGGCAAAUUGCGUAGUGUUGUAUGUGACUUUAGCACUUUUAUCUCAACAGCAAUCUGUGAAUCAAGCAGGUCCCCCUUUAGCAGACUACAAGAAAAAUAUUGAAUCGAAUUUCAAGAGUUUAAAAGCUGGCUUAGCUCCAAAGGACAAAGAAUCAGUUCCAAAACUGCCCCAAAACCAGAAAGAGUGGUAAGAAUCAAAAUACUUUUGUCCUUUGUAUAUUUUAAUGAAUGUGAUAUUUGUCACUAGUUAUGAUAACUGGGUUUGAGCCAGCUCUUAGGCCAGGAGAACACUGUGUUCAUUAGGCAUCGGAGAUUGGAGAAUUCUCCCUUAACUAUGCUAAGUUCUCUUCCAAAUUUUUGAUAGCCUAUGACUAUUUUUGUAUUUAGGCGUGAAGCCUUUUUCAAAAUAUUCCCCUGUAAUGUUACACCUUUCUCCUCUUAUUAUUGUUAGUCUUUUCAAGGCCAACAAUGAUUUUUGGUAACAAACACAACUGUUUGGAUGUCCAUAAAAGCUGAAAAAUAACAUAUUUAUUUGUAUGAAUUUUUUAUUCAAAAAGCAGUUAUAGCAUCAGGAAAAAUUAAUUCAACCCUGAAAGAAUCCCAAAGAGAGCAAAGUUGAGAAUUUUACCUGGAAGGAAUCAGACUAUAAUAAUAAUAAUAAUAAUAAUAAUAAUAAUAAUAAUAAUAAUAAUAAUAAUAAUAAUAAUAAUAUCAUAGGUGACAAAUUACUCCUUAAUUUUGGCGCAAAAUUUCAGCGUUAAUUUGUAAUUUCACAUGUGAGAUUACAAAAUUGCCAUGGCAACCCUUCCGUACGUCUCAGUGUCAAGAUGGCAACGAGGUUUUAAAACACUGUGAAUGAAGAUGUCAGGGCACAAAAAGACGCUUUAGAAAACCUGAACACACAAGAGAACAUCAAGAAGGAUUCUAACAGGUAUUUUGCCGAAAAAGUCUGAAAAAUUCUAUAAGCCAAAUUUAAGGUCUAAACAUUUGAAAGAGUAGAGUUCUCAACCAAUACGAUCCAGGAUAAAUAUGUCAAAAAUCCAAGAUUGCUAACGUAAUUCGUCACCCAUGAUAUUAAUAGGUAAUCAAAUGGUAUACUCGUGAAAUUAGGGAAUAACUUCACCUGCGUUUUGUCCAAAUCCAAAUAAUUUCCCUCGCCUAAAGGCUCGGGAAAUUAUUACGAUUUGGACAAAACGCGUGUGAAAUUAUUCCCUAAUUUCACUUGUCACCAUUUGAUUACACAUGCUAAUACUUUAGUUAUCCUCUCCCCUUGUGGGGCUUUUUAGGGAUAAUGAAACAAAUAAUAGGAAAUUAUGAAACAUAACAAAGUUAGGUAUCCCAACUGGUAGGAGGCAAACCAACCGGCUAUUUACAAGCAUUGGCCGAGGAUUUGAACUCGGGACUGCCGUGAACAAAUCCAGCAAGCUGUCGGAGCAGGACUUGAACUCAGGGCCUCUGAAUUACAAGUCCAGCACCCUAACCACUCGACCGCACUGCCUCCUUAAUAUAUUUUAGGAAACAAAAUGUAGCCAUCCUAUAAUCUUGUGCAAAACAACUGAAUAAAAAAAGCUUUUUAAGAAAGGCAGUUAACAAACUUGCAUUGCCUAAGCCUCGGACAGGGUACCUGAAGUGCAGCUUUUCAUACAGUGUAUAGCGUUGCUGCCUUUUGGAAUCCUCUGCCACUGGACAUUAGGGAAUGUGACUCCCUGGGAGUUUUAAAUAAUCAGGGGCACCCAAAGAGAAUAUAGUUCAAAACCAUUUAAACAUAGCAUUGUUAAACAUAUUUUACUAUUUAAAUUGUAGGUAUAGGCAUAUUUUUAUCCCCUGAAAAUUUUUCAUCUGUUCGGAUUUCCUAGCUGAAAGUCUAGUGAUCUGAAAAUUUUAGGGAUCAAAACUUACCUUUUCAAAAAUUUCAGCCAGAAAAAAGUCUCCCAAACAUUCUAGGUGACCCUUUUAGGGGAAAAAUCCGUUAAAAAUGGGCAAAUAUACCAUUUUUUAGAUGUGUGAAAAUCCUAGGAGAGGCAGGCAAGCAAGAAAUUUUGCAAAAAAUGUUCCGAAAUUUCUAGAUCUCAAAUCAUCUUCCGAACAGAUAUUUUUUGAAUUAGGCUCCCACACAGCAAUCAUGUGAAUCAGUUAGAUUUUAGUAGUUUACUUUUAUUUAGUAUAUAGUUUUUUAACUGAUGAUUCUGCAUGUAUAAAAUAAGUUUUAAAAAAACAUCCAUCCUUAAUUCACUCUAAUAUUUUAUUCUAUAUCUUCCUAUAGGGUCAAUAGCAUCACAGCCAAUAUCCUGGAUGGGGUUCAGUCCAUGCCUCCAAGUCUCACUCAGCCUAUGAUCUCUGCUAUGACGUUUGUAGAACAGCAGCGUUAG